AAAUCUUCCUCAGGCCUGUCCAAUGGGCACUUAGCGAAGGCGUGCUGCCCGCGAGGCGGGAUUCGAUGCGGACAACCCAAUAGACUUGGAGCAGGCGACAUGACAGGCACCUUCUGCAACCAAUGAGCGUGUCGUGCGGGCUGUGACGUAUAUCUCAUCGGCCGGUCGGCUCUGGGGCUGUCGGAGCCGCUUAGACGUCGGCUCCUCUUUUCUGGCUGGUUUGCCCGAGGCCUCGAGCGGUGGGCGGUGAUGAAGCGAGUCUCUGGGGCCCCGUCCUAGGGCAGCGGCGGCUGCUGCGAGGCACGCCAGAAGCGUGACCGGUGGGUAAUUUGGAAUUAAUGGGGUAUUUAGCUCAGGGCGGUGGUGGUUGUGGAGUCCCCUCCUCCCCCCCUUUUGUCCCCGUUGGUAUGUCCCCUCAGAGAUUCCCUGUCUCUUACUUGCUAUGGUUGAGCCCCCCGGGGGGCCGGGAGAUACCAUUCCACGGGGGCAAGUCCCAUUGAAGUCAGUAGAACAUUACUUCUGAAUACACAUGGAUGGGGUUUUUCCUGACCUGAGUGUAUUCAGUUAUUGCCCUCAAAUUGGGGUAAUAACCAUAUAUUUCACAAAUCGCUUUUUUAAAAAGGCAUAAGAACUGCAAGAAUAGUUUCUAGCAAGCUAAAAGCAAUUCAGUGGGAGAGCGUCCAUUCAUGGCCCAUAAGGCUUCCUAAAAAGAAAAUUAGAGCUAUUCUCCCCCUUAAGGUGAUCUAGGUCCUAGUCAGGAGCUCAGUGGGAAGGAGCUGUGCCAAUAAACGUUGCGUUUUGCACUUCUCAUAUGUAUGUUUUGUGCUUUGGGAAAUGGUUCUGUGGCCUCUGUUGAUGUCAGAGCAUAGGAACUGCAUAGCUGUCAACUUUCAGAUUUGAAAAUAAGGGAUCAGCAGCCUCACCUGUCCCGGGGACAGUCUACAGGAUAUCUAACAAUCCGGGAUAGCAGGAAGCAGCGGGAAACGGUGCUUGUAUAAGGGAAUUUCCUGCCAAAAAAGGGAAGGUUGACAGCUAUGCAACUGUCAAAGUUUGAGCAAUGUGUCAAAGUGCUGCUACUGUGUUGCAGGCCUGAGUAGCCUUAUGUGCUUAGUGACUGGAUCAGAAAGUGGGUAGAGAGACACAUCCAUUUAGUAUUUAUAGAUGGAGCCUGCCUUAGGUAAAUUUGUUUUUACUGGUAUAGGAAGCAGCACAGUCUGAUUGGCUGCAAAUUCUCAUCAGCAAAGAAAGUCAAUGGGGAGAAAUGAUGGCAUUUGGGAAGUUGGUUGAUGAUGGAGGUGCGAGGCAAAGACUGAGCUGAAGGUGAAUGGUUGACAUCUGAAUAUUCAGCUAUUCCUCUGCAAUGUGGUAACUACAUGUACUUUGCUUCAGAAGAAGGGAACCAAGAGGCUACCCUGUGUUAAGGUCUUGCCAAAAAAUGGUUUUAAAAAUCAGCUGAACUGUUCAAGCUGCUAGAAGUACAGUCAGAGGAGCUUUGGGGUCAGAGGCAGAUUGCAUCCAGUAGCGGGACAGGAUUGUGAGAAUUUGGCUGGGCCAGAGAUCAAGGGAAUUUUACAGGUGUCUGCAACAGUAUCCCUUGAGUCCAUAAAGACUGUCAUUAAGCAUUUUUAAGAUCCAAAACUAAAUAUCAGUACUGUAUUCCCUUAUGUAUUUAAGAAACAUUUUGUCUCCAGUGUUGGUGUCAGUUUCACACCCAAACCUAUUAUUCCUAGCUACUAGGAGGCUUUAAGGGUACACGUAUUCUUUUAUUUAAGUUUUAAAAGCAUUCUAAGCUGGCAGUAGGAAAAGGUCACACUGAGGUACUUUUGAGUUACUGUGGUAGGGAGAUCCAUAGAUCCUGAAAUACAAAAAUUAAAUAUCUAAACGGUCAAAAAAAGUAGGACCAAGGCAACCAUUGCCCUAUAAUCUUUAAAUAAAGUCUUUUGCAGCCUGCCUUCUUUUAUUAGGAUUCUAUUCCCUGCCCCUAGCUAUGAGUGUGAGAGUACAAAAGUACAUAUUCAGGAUCCCUUUGCAUCAGAUUGGUUAUGCCUUAUUAGUUAAGCCUUAACUAAUAAGGCAUAACCAAUCUGAUGCUAAGAGAUCCUGAAUAUGCCAUCUUGCUUGAGGAGUGGCUUUCUACAUUAGAUGGUCCAGCAUUCUUCGCAGUCAUCACAAGCAAAUGACUGCCUUUCUCUUGACAACCAUAUACAUAACUAUUGCUUACAAUAGCAAAGUGGAAUAAAUAAUUUUAGUGCCUUCAUUAAUUUUGCAUGCUGUUUUACAAUGUCUGGAUGCUGAAGCAGUGUACAAAAAAUGUCUAAUAUACUAUGAUUUAUAAGAAACUUUGUUAGGGGGUGGUACCAGUGGUCUGGAAAAUCUUGCAUAAAAGGUAUCUCAGUCUACCAAAAAAAAUUCUCAAAAUCCAAAUCUGGAGAAAAGGGUGGGUGUAAAAAUUACCCACAAUUGAAAGUAAUAUGGGAUAUAUGUUGAGUUGUUGUUAUAUAGCUAUUUUGAUAUGGUGCCAGCAAGAAAUAGAUCACCAGAUUCCUUGGUGGGUGCCAAAAUAUAACUGAUAGUUAUAACAUUUUAAGGCCGCAGUCCUAAGCAUAUUUUACUUCUGAACAGCAUGGUUAGAAUCAGGCUGAGUGAAAUUAUUUCUCCCAAAUUUGUAGAAUUAAUAUGUGGGCUUCAAAAGCACAAGAAGAGAAACAUAUGAGCUUUACUAUAGUUUAGUGUGAGUGUCCACCCUCCUUCCAACUGUGGAUCAAGAGUUUUCAGAGCCUCAGAGGUUAUCUCGCCUUCAGAAAGUACCUUGUCACUUGGACACGUUUCAAGUCCUUCUCAUCCUCAGAGCCUUUCUAAUAUGUGUUUAUUUAAGUGGUCUUGCUUCCCCAUUAAUCCCUCCACCAUCAGGUGUUUAAAUAGCUUGUCCAUUCCUUCAGUUAAUACUGGUACUUUUCCUCCACCAGUGGCUAGCCCUGGAAUUCCUGCUUUUUCCUUUAUCCCACCCUGUGUCCUAAGAUGCUUGCUGAAGCUUGCCCAUUGCCUGUUUCUUUAUUCUUUUAUUUUACCGCUGCUCCUUCUCCAUCUUGGCUCCCUUCCUGCUUGGAACUCCCUCUAAACAUGCUAUUUUUGCUACACCUUUAUUCUCUGGUUGGUUGAGCAUCUCUCCUUCUCCAGUGCCCACCUCCUGCCCAGCCUGUUCCAGUUUGUUUGACUCACCUUUGCACCUGACCACCACACACUGACAGCAUGAGCAGGGAGCUGUUGUGUCAGUCACUCAUGACAUUUGGUUCCUUUGUUAAUGAGCCUUAAUGUUUUUCUGUUGUGUUUUCCAACAUCUGUACCAUGUGGCCACAGACUUUUUUCUCCUCCAACAAUUGGAUUUAAGAGUCUAGGGGUAACAUAUUAUUCAGACCUGAAGGAAGAUAACAGUAUGUUUUUAGCAAGCAGCUGAAGCAUAUUACAGCUGGUGCUUGCCUUAUUUCAGAGGUGGGAUUGUUCCACAAGCUGGCUGCCAGCACCACCAAAAAGGCCCUCCUCCACAUUGCUGCAAGAUGGACUUCAGCAGGCUGCAACACAACCAAGAGGGCCUCAUGCAAAGUUCUUAGAGAGCGGGCAAGUCUAUACGAGGAAAGGUGUUCAUUCAGGUAACCUGGUCCCAAGUCGUUUGGGGUUUUCUAAGUGAAUAGCAAACAUGUAACCUUAUAUGGCUUCAUAUAAAAAUGGCAGGCACAACUGUUUUUGCUUAAGUCAACAUAUGGGAGAUAAAGGGAGCAUAGCGCUAAGAUUGCUCCAUCUGCAGAAGCAUUUCUUCUUGCUCAAUUGAAGAAUCUCCCAUUUUCUCCCACCUUGCACUGUUCUUGGGGUUUUCCUGACAGACACACAAGCCACUUUGGGGGGCAGUGGGGGGGCCCCAUUGCGCUAGUGGAAGUCCUUGUGUGGGCUAAUAAAGUGGAACUAAUAAGUUGAAUCCAGCCACAAAUGAAAACUAGACUUGGCCCAGAGACUGUUUUCUUUAUUUUUAAAUUGCAAGUUGGGUGAAGCUUCAUUUAUAAACCUAGCUUGAUGGUGUGUGGUUUGUUUGUUUUUGCUAGACUUACUGAUAUCUCCCCAGUCCAUUUGUUUUUGUUCUGCUUUAUCCUAGGGUCCAUCUUUUCUACUCUUGCCAACCACCCACUAAAGCUGUUUAAAUGAGAAUGUCCUUGGCGCAGAGAGUGCUGCUCACAUGGCUCUUCACAUUGCUGUUCCUGAUCAUGUUAGUGUUGAAAUUGGAUGAAAAGGCACCAUGGAACUGGUUUCUCAUAUUUAUCCCAGUUUGGAUAUUUGAUACUAUUCUUCUAGUUAUGAUAAUUGUAAAAAUGGCUCGCCGUUGUAAGUCUGGCUAUGACCCCCGAAAUGGUUCCCGUCACCUCAAGAAGAAAGCUUGGUACCUUGUAGCAAUGCUGCUUAAGUUGGCCUUCUGCCUCGCCCUCUGUGCAAAAUUGGAACAACUUGCUGAAAUAAAGCUAGCUUAUGUCUUUAUUCCCUUUUGGGUGUUGCUCAUUGGAGGGAUAAUAGAACUUGGAUACAACAUCUUCUAUGUACGAAGGGAAUAACUUGUCCAUAGACUGGGUUUAUCCUUUCAUCAGCCAGCAUCACAUUCCUUAAGAACAUUAGCUUGCUAUAAGUUUACAGCACCCAAAGGAACUACAAGUAACAGCUGUAUGUUGACAUUCUAUAUGCCGUUGGACUAGACUCUUCAAUGUGUGGAGCACAGCUUUCUGAUUUAUAUGUAUAUACUGUAAAUAAAUCAUCAAAAUAUUUUCCAAGUAUUCUCUCUAUUUAUCCUUC